GACACCGGCGGUGCUCUCUUCCUCGCUGCUCUUUAACAGACGGGGAAAAUAAACUGCGUGGGCUACCGCUGCAGGGAAGGUGGCGGCACGUUACGUGAAGGACUAGCUAACUGCACAUGCAUCACCAUCGAAGAAAGAUUCCGGAAAACCAAAGGUCUUGAAGUGGUGGAAAAUGACCAAGACGCCCCCGAACAGGAGAGGGAUAACCUUCGAGGUGGGAGCACAGCUUGAGGCCCGAGACAGUCUGAAGAAUUGGUAUGCAGCCAGCAUCGAAAAGAUUGAUUACGAAGAUGAGAAAGUGCUGAUCCACUACCGGCAGUGGAGCCACCGCUAUGACGAGUGGUUUGACUGGAGCAGCCCGUACCUGCGGCCAGUGGAGAGGAUCCAGCUCAGGAGGGAGGGUCUGCAGGAGAACGCCCCUGUCCCGGGGUUCCACGUCAACGAAAAGGUCCUGGCCAGUUGGUCUGAUUGUCGUUUCUAUCCCGCUAAGGUCCUGGCAGUCAACAAGGAUGCCUCCUACACUGUUAAGUUUUUCGACGGAGUGGUCCAAACAGUCAAGGGAAUUCAUGUGAAGCCCUUUUUCAAGGAGCAGAGAAAUGGGAGUAGGUCCAAGUCCCAGGACAAAAACAGAGAGAAGCAUCCGGUUACAAAGGAGCAGAUGGCGAAAGACAGGAAGUCUCUGGAGAAUGGGCGUGGUGCACGAGAGAACGGGAGCGGCAGGAGCCAGAGGGACAAAUCCAGCAUGUCUGACCAGGAUACGGAGAGUGAUACCGAGGAAGAAGAGGAGGAGGAGGAGGAGGAGGAGGACAAGGUAAAGGAGGGAAACGUUGAGGUUCUGAGAAAGACGAAGAAGGCCCCUGCAGAGGAAGCCGAACGCAAGAAGAGAACGACCGAGGAGGAGCUGGAAGGGAAGAAGAUGGUGGAGAAAAGCAAGAAGCAGGAGCGAGAGAAAGAGAGCGCCAAGCUGAACAAGCAUCUGGCUGGUGAGGAGAGCGACCCAGGAUCGGUCAAGGUAGAGGAAUCGGGCCGGAGGAGGUCCGCCGAGCGGUCGGGACAGACCGGGGGCAGCUCCCAAACCAAGCAAGAGGAUGUGAAUGGAGUGGAAGAAAAGGAAGAGAGUGAACCAGUGGCGGGUGAGCAUAAUGCUGGGGCUGGGCAGCUGGGCUCCAGCAAGCUGUGGGACAAGGAGAGAGAGGAGGGCUCUGAGCCCACUGCGAGUCGUGCUUCCGGGGAGGAGGAGGUGUCGCGAGACGGCCCCACCCAGACCAGAAGGACACGGAGCCGACCGACAGAAGGGGGACGUGCGGAAAACCUGCGUGAGGUCAUCGAGCUGAGGAAGAGGAAAAUCUGCCUGGGACAGACCACGCCCCCCAAGCGGAGCAAGCCGGACACGGGCACAGAGAGGAGUACGUCUGCAGAGUCCAGGCCUACGACAGCUCCCUCCAAUCAGAAGUUGCCCGGAUUAGACUCCACCCCUACACCGUCAGCAGUGUCAAACGAUAAAGAAGCUAAGGGAGCUGUGAAUCAUACGGAGAUCCCCAAACUGGCAGAUGGGGAAGGACAGAUGUCACCUGCACUAGAAGCUGUAUUGAGACGCCAAGCCCACCUGCCAACGACCAAUAAAUACAGCAGGGAGCCCUUGUACAGAGUCAUCAAAAAUCAGCCCCCUCCAAUCCUGUCCAUCGAGCUGGACCACAACCCCUUCAAAUGCAAGGCGCCCGGGUGCCUCAAGUCCUUCCGCAAGGCCAAGCUGCUGCACUACCACAUGAAGUACUACCACGAGGCGGACAAGACGAGCGAGAACGACCUGAGCCCCACCCGAAGCAUCCAGACGCGCGCCUCUGAGAAGCAGGCCGCCCUGGAGAGCCCCAAGAGGAGGCGCACCAUUUCGGCCUCGAUGCACUCCUCCCUGCACAGCACCCCGAGGACCCUGCAUUCCCCCCGCGGAGACGGCAAGGGCGCCCGGCUGAAUGAGAAGAGGCGCACGUCAGCGCCCCCCGCUGUCAGCGCCGCUGAGCAGCAGCGGCCCUCUCUGCGCGAGAAGAGCAAGGAGAACCAGCUGGAGAAGAGCAGCCGCAAGCCGCAGGAGAAGGAGAGGGAGCGCAGCGCGGCCGAUGCAGUUUCAAGAGAGAAAGAAAAAAUGAAGGAGAAGAAGCACAGGGACUUCCUUCGCAUCAAGCUGAAGAAGAAGAAAAAGAAGAAAAAGAAGUCCAAAUCAGAGUAUACGGGUAGUGAAGAGAAUAUUGACAUCUCAAUAUUCAAUGUUCAGUCCAAAUUGAAUUUGUUACACAAAUUCCCCCUUUCACACAAACACAAGUUGUCAUACAACUCCAGCCCGGGACACAACACAGAACAGAUACAAAUUGACGAUGAGGACAGUGGGAGUGAUUGGUCCACUGACAGUCCUGUGUGGAGCGAGGACGAGCUGGGGACGGAGCUGGACGUCACCACACCCCCUCAGGAGCAAGGAGUGUCCAUGGCGACGCAGGGCUUCGAAAUCGUGCGUUGCAUCUGCGAGGUGCAGGAGGAGAAUGACUUCAUGAUUCAGUGUGAAGAGUGUCUGUGCUGGCAGCAUGGGACCUGCAUGGGGCUCCUGGAGGACAACGUGCCAGAGCGGUACACCUGCUACAUCUGCAGGGACCCACCAGGCCAGAGGCAGAGCCUGCGGUACUGGUAUGACCGGGACUGGCUGAGCAGCGGCCACAUGUACGGCCUGCCCUUCCUGGAGGAGAACUACUCUCACCAGAAUGCCAAGAAGAUCGCGGCCACCCACCAGCUGCUGGGAGACGUGCACCGCGUCAUCGAGGUCCUCAACGGCCUGCAGCUCAAGAUGAGCAUCCUACAGAGUCAGUCACACCCCGACCUGAAGCUGUGGUGCCAGCCGUGGAAGCAGGCGGAGAAGCCCAGGAAGAGGGGCGGGGCGGACACGGGUGCGAUGCCGUCCCCCGCGCCGGAGGAGGGCGAGGAGAGGGAGAAGAGCGGGACGUGCCGGGCGGCGGAGGUGGCGGCGGAGAAGCAGCCGUGCCGCGCCCCGUCCUUCCAGGACUCGUACAUCAGCAGCGAGCACUGCUACCAGAAGCCACGCACGUACUACCCGGCGGUGGAGCAGCGGCUGGUGGUGGAGACGCGCGGCUCCGAGCUGGAGGACAGCCUGCGAAGCACCGAGGACCUGCUGGCGCUGGAGCAGCGGUACGGCGGCCCGCUGGACCCCGAGCGGGGGAAGAUCCACCUGCCUCUGCAGCUGGACCGGCCCACCCACGCCAAGGAGGCGGACUGCUGUAAGAAGCUGUGUGCAGAGCACAGCUAUGAGGUGAAGAGCGAGGACACCAGCGCUGGAGACGCUGGUGAUGCUGACAGCAGCCUGCAGCAGCAGUGGCAGAUCAACCUGCUGGACCACAUAGAGGCCGUGCAGGACGAGGUCACGCACAGGAUGGACUUCAUCGAGAGGGAGCUGGACGUGCUGGAGAGUUGGCUGGACUACACAGGAGAGGCUAGACCCCCAGAGCCCCUGGCCCGUCUGCCUCAGCUCAAACACCGCAUCAAGCAGCUGCUGACGGAGCUCGGCAAGGUGCAGCAGAUUGCUCUUUGCUGCUCCACAUGAGGGCGCUGCUGAGUCCCUCUAUCCC